GAAAUAUCAAAUUAUGAUUGGCAUUUCGUAUAAUAUUUCGGUCUUCAAGUAAACUUGCAUGUUAUGCCUGAUACUUGUUUAACAUAAAAAAUUCAAGCCAUGCUUAAAAAACGUGUUGGAUUCAAAGAAGAUUAUAAUGUUUUUCAAGGACAAGAGACCAAAAAUUACACGGCUGGAGAUAAAUCUUUGGAUUGCAGCGAUGGUAUCUUAAACUCGUACGGAGAUAAUUGUGACAAAUUAUCUACAAGUUAUUCUCCAAAUCAUACUAAUAAUAAUAAUUAUUGUGAUACACCGUUAUCAGUCAAAAAACUAGAUAAGAAUGCAAAUCUUAUAUCCUCUUCUUCAAAUCCAAGUUCCGACAUAUCAUCCAUUUAUUCUCCCGUACAUAAUACUUAUGACAAUAAAACAGUGACACUUACUUCACCAAAUUCUCUUGUAUUUUCUAAGAUCGAAAACGUAGUGGAAAAGAUGCAAGAUGAAGCGACUGGAUUACCUGUUAAAACAGUCAAAAAUUUAUUGACCAAAAUACCAUCAGUAUUUACCGGAGCUGAUCUUAUCCAAUGGAUGAUGAAAAAUUUGAUCGUGGAAGAUUCAAGCGAAGCACUUCAUUUAGCACAUUUACUUUCCUGCUACGGAUAUAUCUUUCCUAUCGAUGAUCAUGCUUUGACAAUAAAAAAUGAUGGUACAUACUAUCGUUUUCAAACCCCAUUUUAUUGGCCUUCCAACAUAACAGAACCUGAAAAUACAGAUUACGCUGUAUAUCUGUGUAAAAGAACAAUGCAGAAUAAGGCACGUUUAGAAUUGGUGGAUUACGAGGCUGAGAAUUUGGCUCGUUUACAAAAAUUGUUUUCUCGCAAAUGGGAAUUCAUUUAUCUGCAAGCGGAAGCUCAGGCAAAGGUUGAUAAAAAGCGCGAUAAACUGGAGAGAAAAGUUUUGGAUAGUCAAGAAAGGGCUUUCUGGGACGUUUAUAGGCCAGUUCCCGGUUCCGUAAAUAUUAUGGAAGCCGAUAUAAAGAAAUCUUGUCGCGUUAAACAGCACGGGGUCAAAAACAUUGCCAAUCUUAAAAAAUACAAAUCGGUUGAAGAGUUAAAGGACGAGAUUCAAAUUAAUCAAAGAAAGUUAAAUCGUGGACUAGCGAAGAUUUCAAAAAUCUCUGAAUUUUUUAUGAAUUAUUGCGAACAAUACGCUGAACACGAUCCCUUCCUAACGCCUCCCGAACCUUCGAAUCCUUGGAUAUCCGAUAAUAUAGAAUAUUGGGAAAACUAUGGACCAUCUGUUAACAUUCGGGAUUUGCCCUUUAGACGAAUUAAAAAAUGGACCUUCUCUUUAAAAGAAUUAGUGAAAGAUAAUGCCGGAAGAGAACAGUUUAUGAAAUUUUUGGAAAAAGAAUAUAGCGGAGAAAAUUUAAAAUUUUAUGAAGACUGGAAAAAAUUAAAAACCGCUCCCGCCAAACAAGUCGCCGAAAUUGUUCAAACGAUAUACGAUAAUUAUUUCUCAACGAGCGCUACCUUUUCCUUGAAUAUUGAUUGUAAAUCCGAAAAUUUAACUCGGGAAAACAUGAAAAAUCCUAGUCGAAAUACAUUCGAUGAAGCUGCCGAACAUAUAUAUCAAUUAAUGAAAAGCGACAGUUAUAACCGGUUUAUCCGUUCAGAUUUAUUUAAAGAUAUCCUAGCUUCAUCUAAAAAAAAAGUUGUAACUCAACCAUCUAAAUCAAUACUACCCAAAAUAUCAAGUUUAAACAAAAGCGGAAAUAAUAUUACGUCAUUAGCAUAGCAUUUUUUUAAAUAUUUAUUUAUAUUUCAAAUUAUUUUUCAUGUGCAUAAUGAUAUUUCUCAAGAAUUUUAU